GCAGCCCGGCGAAGAGGCUAUAUCUGCUGUUUCCGGUUGCGCUCAGAGUGCUGCUGCACUUUUCAAAAAUUGUCACAGUUGAAGGGCCCUACGCGUCAACGAACUGCUACUCGCUCCAACCGCUUUCGUUUCCCCUUUGCCUCCUUUCUUUCGCGCUUUUGGACAAUGACGAUGCAAACUGGCGUUCCUUAACACGGAAAAGGCAAUUCGAGGUAUGGAACACGCAAAGGAUGAAGAAAGCGAGACUGCUUGCCCAACAUGCAAGCGGCCCAGUGAUGAUAGUUUUAUGAUAUGCUGCGACAAAUGUGACCACUGGUUCCAUGGAAAGUGUGUCGGGCAGUUUGUCAAUAAAAGAAACCAAAUGUGGAAUGGGCCGUGCUGCUCAAAUCGUUGGAUGGGCCAGUGGAUUAAGCCACGAAGAGCAGUGACUAAAACUACAACUACAGCUGUCAAGCCCAUUGUCCUGCUGUCAGAUGACUCAAGCAACUCUAAAGCUCAGGAUAAGUUUGUUGCUGCAGAAAAACCCAUUGACCAGGUUGACAAAAUUAUUCCUGGUACUCCAAGGAAAAGUCAGAACACAGUCUCCAGCCCAUUUAAAGGCAGGAAGGAGAGCCCUUGGAAAGUGUCUGCUUUAUUUACUGACAAUAAAAGUAAGAAUGAGACGGCUCGUGUACUUUUUCAUGGGGACAACAUUGCUGAGGAACCCAUUGACCUGGCAGAUAAAGUUUUUCCUGGUACUCCAAAGAAAAGUCAGAACACAGUCUCCAGCCCAUUUAAAGGCAGGAAGGGGAGCCCUUGGAAAGUGUCUGCUUUAUUUACUGACAAUAAAAGUAAGAAUGAGACGGCUCGUGUACUUUUUCAUGGGGAUGACAUUGCUGUGGAACCCAAUGGCCUGGUUGAAAAAGUUAUUCCUGGUACUCCUAGGGAAAGUCAGGACAUUGUCUCCAGCCUUGAAGGCAGCAAGGAGAGCCCUGACAGGAAAGUGCAUCACUCUGCUUUCGGGAAAUCUAAUGCUGAGGCAGCUACACAGCUCUCCCAGAAAAGUGCUACAAAACAUGCUGUGGUAGCAAAAGGUGGCGUAGCUGAGAAGUGUUUGGGGCAUUUUCUUCUGCAGAACUCAAGUAUUGAUUCACUCCUCUGCAAUAAUGCCUUUCAACCGAAACAGACAGGUAAAAUUGAUGCAAUUGCUCAAUUUGCAAAGAAUAGUGUUGAAAUUGGAAGGAAUCCUGAAAAGAAAAAAGGGCAGGAUCUGGUCGGUAAAAUUGCUACUGUUCAUCAAUUAACAAAGAAUGGUGUUGAAAUUAUAAAGAAAACUGAAAAGAAAGCAGAUGUGGUCAGUAAAAUUGCUCAAUGUACAAAGAAAGGUGAUGGAAUCAAAAGCAAGAACUCAAGUAUCGAUUCACUCCCCAGCAAUAAUGCCUUUCAACCGAAACAGACAGGUAAAAUUGAUACAAUUGCUCAAUUUGCAAAGAAUAGUGUUGAAAUUGGAAGGAAUCCUGAAAAGAAAAAAGGGCAGGAUCUGGUCGGUAAAAUUGCUACAGUUCAUCAAUUUACAAAGAAUGGUGUUGAAAUUAUAAAGAAAACUGAAAAGAAAGCAGAGGAUGUGGUCAGUAAAAUUGCUCAAUCUACAAAGAAAGGUGAUGAAAUCAAAAGCAAGAACUCAAGUAUUGAUUCACUCCUCAGCAAUAAUGCCUUUCAACCGAAACAGACAGGUAAAAUUGAUACAAUUGCUCAAUUUGCAAAGAAUAGUGUUGAAAUUGGAAGGAAUCCUGGAAAGAAAAAAGAGCAGGAUCUGGCCGGUAAAAUUGCUACUGUUCAUCAAUUUACAAAGAAUGGUGUUGAAAUUAUAAAGGAAACUGGAAAGAAAGCAGAGGAUGUGGUCAGUAAAAUUGCUCAAUGUACAAAGAAAGGUGAUGGAAUCAAAAGCAAAGCAAGAAAAAGGAAACCUGAAAAGACAGCAGAGGAUCUGAACUCAAGUAUUGACUCUGAUCUCUCGGAUGAUUUUCAACCCAAAAGAAAAAUUCGAAAGACAGUUUCUUUCCAACCUCCUACACAAUCCAGUAAUAACAAUGAUGACUGGAAUGUGUCUGGAAUUAGUGAAGAAGCAUUCAAGUACCUUCAGACUUUGCUUCCUGUUGAGUUUGAACAUCAUGUGACAGCUGUUCAAUUUUACAAACUGGGGGACCAAUCUUUGACAGCUGUUAUUCGUUUACCUAUAAGUGAUGAAAAAGAAGCUCUAGACUGGCUAACUCAUUAUCAGGCUAGUUCAUUCUUAGACUUCAGAGUCUACAAGACAUUUCCUAGACUUGCCAAGGAAAGAACACUCUUUAAGUUGCAGUUAAGAUGUCACCACAACACCCUUCCUGACAAACAAAAGACCCACCACAAAAAACAUACUGAGUGCAAUGCUAAAAUAAUGAUCACAAUUAAAAAUCCAAGAAUGAAAAAGAGUACGGACCAACUUCUUAAAUCAUAUCCAAUGGAAGUGAGAUUGCGCCAUUGGCACAACCAUCCCAUCUUGUCAACUGAUGCUCUUCGAUUCAGGAGACCAACUCAAGCAACUAAAGAAAUUUUCUUAGACUACUUCAAGAAAGGACAUACACCAUCUUCUGCUCUUAAGUGUCAUAAAUUUGAUCUCCAAGUUCAACAUGGUGAUGACUUUUUCAAAAGCCAUGCUGAUGGCUCCAUAUGCCCAGAUUUAAACUGGUGCUACUAUCAAUAUUAUAAAGUGUUCAAAGCCGUUUAUGGUGAAAAUUAUGGUGAUGGGAUGGUCACAAAGCUCAAAGAUGUCAUUGAUGAUUAUAACUUAAAAUGUAACUCCCAAUGUGCAGAUAUUUGGAUUGACAAUGAUGACAUUGUUGUUGUCAUAUGUUCUCCACUGAUGAAAAGAGUACAUGAACUCCUGAAGUCUUCUUCUGAAGUGGUUAUAAUGGACUUCUCUGGAAACAUGGACCGCUAUGAUACAAGGGUUGGGUUUUUAAUAGCCCCUAGCCUAGCAGGUGGCUUACCUCUUGGUAUAAUCAUGACUUCUGCAGAGUCCGAAGCACUAAUUACUAAAGGGCUGCAAAUGCUACAGAAGCUGUAUCCAAGUACUUGUUUCUUUGGCAGGGGAUCGAAUGGCCCCAAGGUCUUCAUUACUGAUGAUUGCAAAAAGGAAAGGAACAGUCUCGCUCAUUUGUAUCCUCUGGCCAUUCUUCUCUUAUGCCUAUUUCAUAUCUUACAAGCAUUUUUGAGAUACAUCACAGCUGCUGAACAUGGGGUCAAAAAAGAAGACAAAGCUGUGAUCUAUGAUGCCUUCAGAAAUCUAGUAAGGUCCCCAACAGAGGAAGAGUAUGACAAGCAGUAUGAAGAAUUCAAGACUAGUGAAGUGCUGCUUAGAAACAAGACGGUCCUCACUCAUGUGACAAAGGACCUUCAUCCUCGCCGCAAAGAAUGGGCUUUGUGUUAUCGAUCCAACCUAGUCAUACGUGGUAACAACACCAGUAACCUUGCUGAGGGAAACUUCCUCCAACUCAAAACUACAGUUAUGGAACGUUUAAAAGCCUUUAACAUGGUCCAACUCUUUGACUUCUUUGUUACCAAGCUAGAAGCUUAUUACCAAGCACGAAUUGCUAGUGUUCUCAACAAUAGAAUGCAUGUGCACCAGAAGUCAAAAUAUUAUGCUCCCAAACAGCACAAACUAGAAGCAUUAUCUUGUCCUAGAAGGGUGGAGGAGCAUGUGUUUGAGGUGAAAAACAGCAAAACGGACAAAUUAUAUCUAGUCGACAUGGAGGCAGAAAUUUGCUCGUGUCCUAUGGGUUUUACUGGUGCACCCUGUAAGCACCAGUAUUUCAUUUCCAAGACCUUCAACCUGUCAAGUGCCCAGUUCCAUGACACAUUUGGAAAUGAAGAGAAGCUGUUGUACCAUAAAAUCAUGGUGGGCAACAUCAACAUCCCUGCAGAGUGGUACAGAUCAUUAAAGGAUGGUCCACAAUGCAGGGAUGCUGUUGGAUCACGAGAUGUGGAUGAACCUCUUGAUGCGACUUCUCAAAUGUCUUCUCAUAAUGAAAUUCCAACUUCAGAAACUGAAGAGAACCCCCAACAUGCUGCCUCAGAAACUGAGCAAGCUGCAACAGGUGUAACUGACAGUUCUGUCGAGGUCGAGGUUGAAAAAUGGAGAGAGAAGUUAAAGCAAGUAUUUCAUGACUUGGAUAGAAGACUGGUAGCAAAACCAGAUGUCUUUUUGCCUGGUGUCAGGGCUUGGCUUGGCUCAUAUGAGAAAAUGAUAAAGUCCAAAUCAGAAAAUGGAGUGGCGUCCUCUCUCUUUGCUAUGAGGGAGGGUUUGAGAACGGGGAAACACAUCAAGAAACAACCUUUCCGUCGUGCUGGACCACAUUUAGGAGGAAGAGAUUGUAAGAAGACAGGAAGGCCAUCCAAGGCAGCAAGGACCUAUGAGCAUGGAUAUCAAAAAGGCCGGAAAAGAAAUGGCCACAUGGCACCUACUCCUGCAGUCAAACAGAGGCAUGUUGCUCCCCAUUCACUUGCCUACCGAGUGGAUUCUUUACUACGCAAAUUAUGAUUUAAUACUGAUAAGUUUUGUCAAACCAUUUUCAUUCAACUCAUUAUAUUUUUGCAAUUUUUAAACCUGCAGUAGUUUUCAUGAAGUUGUAAGAAGAUUAUAUCUAUGUGAUGUUGAAAUACAAAUACAAUGUAUCAUUUAAUGUCCACAAAGCUUUGGGAACUUUCUUUGUUUAAACCUUUAUUGGCAU